GCUUUCUUUGGGAAGACAUCCCUUUUGGUGUGACACUUGUGUGUUUUGAGGUUUCAAACUGAAACUCCUUUGAGACACUUGGGUGGGAAAUCCCAUGUGUUCCUGAAGAGUGAAGGAACACGCACUGCCAGGACAUCUUUGGAAGACACCUGCAGCCAGGUUCCAUGUAGUUUUUGUUUCAAUGGCAGCCUCAAUCAUCUGGAUUCCUGUGCUGGUCUUUCUGCAGUUGGCUUGCUGCUCUCUCACCUACCGACACACUUCAGGGAGUCCGCUGUUAGUGGAUGAACAGUCAGCCAAUGCCUUCCUGUCUCGCUCGCUGCUUUAUAACAGCUGGGACUUUGAAGUAGUGGUGCCUGACAACCUUGAAAGGGAAUGUUGGGAGGAGAUAUGCACUUAUGAAGAGGCCAGGGAAGUAUUUGAGGAUAACACUCAGACGGAAGUAUUUUGGACUGACUAUGUUGAAAGCCACGGAUAUGCACCCAGAGUGGACGUGUCGGGGCUGGUGGCAGGGAUCAUGGCAAUACUGGUGUGUGCUGUGAUUGCCACCGUGUUGGGUAUCUACUUCUACAAGGCCAAGAACAAGGGGGGAAGGAGACCCGUGCAAAUGUUGCAAGAUGGCCGUCCAGCCCCAGAGAUGGUCCCUCUGGCAACUGCCCCUGGUCUGCCCAGCUACAACGAGGCUCUAAACCGAAGUGGGAUGCACGAUGCCCCGCCGCCACCUUAUUCAGGGGGGGCGCCAUCUGAGCCUGCAGACCCAGGAGACAACGAGUGAGCACUGAGCCAGCCAGCCAGCCAGCCAGCCAGCCAGAGCUGCUUCAAUGUGGUUGAUGCUGGCGCUUGAUGAUGCUUUGAGUGAAGUUUCAGCACUGCUUGUUGUAUAACGUAUUUAGGGGCGGGAGUUGAGAGCCAAAUUCAGAACGGACACUUUUGACAGGAUGAUGAAGUACAUAGUACAGAUGUGAUGCUCUUAACUGGAUGCAGGUGAGGGUGAGGCUUUUUUUUUUUUUUUUGAUUGAUCUGUACGUCCACUUUGUGGACAGUCUAAAACACUUAAUGCAAGCGUAAGAAAGCUUAAGUUUGCUUAAUGUCAGAAAACCGCCA